AUUAAGACACAAGCUAUUUUAGAUUCCAAACAUCUUAACUACGCCAAGUUUUAUGUACCGGAGAAACCAAUACUCGACGGCCUGAACAUGACCGUCCCGAAGGGUACCAUAUACGGACUCUUGGGUGCAAGUGGAUGCGGCAAGACGACAUUGUUAUCCUGCAUCGUCGGAGUUAAACAUAUCGACUCGGGAGAGAUAUGGGUUCUGGGAGGAAAACCAGGCCAACUGGGCUCCGGAAUUCCUGGACCUCGUGUGGGCUACAUGCCGCAGGAAAUAGGUUUGGUCGGAGAGUUCUCCGUGAGCGGUGCCCUUUAUUACUUCGGCAGGAUUAAUGGACUCGAGGACGAGGAAAUCGAGACAAAACAGAAAUUCCUUUCGGAAUUACUCCAGCUGCCGCCGGCAAAUCAUCUAAUAAAAAACAUGAGCGGAGGUCAACAAAGGAGGGUCUCCUUCGCUGCUGCGUUGAUUCACAGUCCCGAAUUCCUGAUUUUGGACGAACCCACUGUAGGUCUGGAUCCAAUUUUGAGCAACAAUAUCUGGAUAUAUUUAACCAAGAUAGCUAGGGAAGAAGGCGUCACCGUGUUAAUCACGACACAUUAUAUUCAAGAGGCUAAAGAUUCUCAUGUGAUCGGUUUGAUGAGAAGUGGUAAAUUGUUGGCGGAAUCGUCGCCGCAGGAAUUGCUUGAGCGAUUUCAAUGCUCAUCUUUGGAGGAAGCGUUCCUGGGACUGUGCCAGGCACAAAAUGCUACGAUGGUCGCAAAUGCUUCGGUGGUCGAAGCAACCAAAGAUACCGAAGAUGACGUGUCUCAUCAAGAUGAAGAUAGUUAUAAACUAAUGAAAGAUCGAAUCGCAGAGUACAGAGCGAAAUUGGCAUAUAAUGUCUCGGCAUCGAGAAGAUUCAAGGCUUUGAUGGGGAAAAACGCCAUACAAUUUAUCCGUUUUUAUUCAGGUAUAAUUUUCGCGGUAAUAUUCCCGCUGUUAGAAACCGCUUCAUUUUUUAUUGGGGUCGGUGGUGAUCCGAGAGAUUUGAAGAUUGGUAUCAUUAAUCGCGAAGCUGGUAACUGCGAUUAUGGCAACAACAUCGGUAACGUCUGGUACGACGAAGAAGAUUUCACCUGCCACUUUAGUAAUCUCAGCUGUAGAUUUCUUUACGAGUAUGGCGAUUCUAUCGCAGAACAGGAAUUUUAUGACGACAUGUCUGACGCGACUCACGAUGUACGCGAUGGUGAACUCGUCGGUGUGAUGUAUUUCCACCAUAAUUUCUCUGAAGCAUUACAGAGACGAAUUGCAGAUAUCACAAAUGCUAAGACAAAAGACAUUAUAUCCAGUGAGAUUGACGUAUUUCUUGAUAUGGGUGACAUGCGAAUUGGGCAAUACAUGGAGAAAAAGCUGUACGAACGUUUCUUUGAGAUUUAUGAAGAUGUGUUAAAAGAGUGUAAAUAUCCACCAAAAUUUAACAGAAUACCCAUUCGAUUCGAGGAUGCGGUUUAUAGUGAUAUGGAAGAUGGUUAUGACUAUUUUUUCGCACCCGGUUUCAUGCUGAUAUUGCUCUUCUUUUUAGCCACCACAGUCUCCACCUCCUUGAUAAUCACAGAUCGAUCGGAGGGUGUUUGGGAUCGAAGUCUGGUUCAAGGUGUCAAGAACAGGGAAAUCCUAUUAGCUCACAUUCUCACUCAGUCCACUCUCGUAAUUAUCCACGUUACACUGAUAAUGAUCCUAUUCUUUCCUAUAUGGGACUUAGACUGUGAAGGGUCAUAUGCCCUUGUAUUCUUCAUCAUGUUUCUUUGCGGUCUUACUGGGCUCAUGUACGGUUUUUUCAUCUCCGUUGCGUGCAAGGAUCACACAAUGGCGAAUUAUGCUUCGACUGGAAGUUUCUUCCCGCUAGUAAUAAUAAGCGGGUCCAUAUGGCCGAUAGAAGGAAUGCCAGAUGCACUUCGCUAUUUCAGCUACUGCAUGCCGACGACCUUGCCCGCCAUAAGCUUGAGAGCGGUCAUUUUUAAGGGUUUUGCCUUAGACGAAGAUGAAGUUUUCACUGGUAUUCUAGUGAGUUGCGCAUACAUAUCGGUUUUAUUUACCUUUGUAUUAAUCGGCCUAAAAUUGAAAUCUUAAAAGAUGAUAGCAUUUAGAAAUAUAAACGAAAUAUAUUUAAAAGGAAGACAAUAAUGCCUUGCAAUUAAUUAAGAAUAUGAUUCAGUUAGAUAAAGAUAUGAUAUUUCAUCAAACUCGAGUCAAAGUAUAUCUGAUGAUAUAAGAAAAUAUGUAAAUAUUUUGUUUCUUUGAAUGACUAUUUUUACGAGAAAUUAUUUACUUCGAAAGGAUAAAUAUAGUAUAUGAUAUUUCUCUAUAUUUAAUUUUAUUCAAGUUUAGAAAUAUUUAUUCUUGUCGAAAAAGUUUUAUCAAGUGAAAUUUUACUCCUUCAAAUUAAAAAAAUUCUUUUUUACAUGUUUCUUCUCUUCUCUCUUAUAAUAGAAACUUUUUAUAGAUUCCAAGGCAUCGCCUUAUUAAUCAAUAAAAUUUUUAAAGAGUAUAAGCUGAUGUUAUUUAUAAUUUCAAUUUGUAAAUGCAUGCAAAUUGAAAACGUUUGAUAUUUUUUUAUAAAUGCCAAAUAAAUUCUGUAUAUAUA